CCCAGAAUCCCGGGCCGCCCAGCCUUUCCAAUGCAUCGCAGGGUAAAAAGGUGGAUAGCAGGCGCGAAAAUCUAAGCCAAGUCUUAUUCAGAUCUGGAAAAAAAGCAAAAGAAAAACAACGCCAAAGGAAACGGAAAAGAAAAAGAAAGUAAAAGCAAUGCAAAAAAAAAGAAAAGAAAAAGACUUUUAUCACCGGCUGCGGUCUGUCAUUUCUGAAAUCAUUUCUGUCGUUGUCGCUUUCAAUUAACAAACAACAAGCAUUGCAGCAAUGCAGACACAAUUCGUUAUUGACAGUUGGACCACCAGCACCAGGGAUAACGAAUGCACAAUAAUCGUGCGCUCUUCUGGAGCUGUUUUCUAUCUUCAGUGGAUACCCGCUGAGUUGGAAGCAGAGCCAAUUCUUCUUGCAGACUUCUACAAGUCGCUCAAGAUACUGAAAACCAAUGAACACGAAGACGACGUUGGUGACGAAGGCUACGAUGCGAGAAGGGCUGAGGCAGAAAAGCUUGCGCAACCAUUCAACGAAAUUAUCUCAGCGCUCGCCCCAGACCCACCAAUGCCACCAAUCACAUUGCAUCAAUGGCUUAACCCUGAGUGGUUUCUAUUGAUUGCCACUGCAGAUGAAGGCAAGAUUCGACCAAGGAGAGACUACGAAAAUCCUUAUCUGCCUCCCGGAGAAUAUCGGCAAUCGAGACUAUGGAAGAGCCUUGAUUUGGACAAGUGGGUGCCAAAUUGGUACUUAGCACGUGACGUCCAAAUAAUUUCGGCCAAUCCCGGCGAAAAUCCGCUUUUAUCUCCUCCGUCCAAGGUUUUUGUUCAAGGCGAUGUUACUUGCCAUUUCAAAGGCUUUGAACGCGGAUUUCCGGCAGUUUUUCGUGAGCUCAGAACUUUCCGCAAGAUUUCGGACGCUUUAGCAACCGGUCAAAUCCCAUCUGAUAUGCGCAUUUGUCGCCUCCAAGGUGUCGUGUGCGAUGUCGAUGUCGACACUCCUAACCAAACACGAAUUACUGGUUUGCUCUUGGUGUACAUUGAGCCCAAAAUCACUCCCGCACCCAGCACCUUGAUGAAUAUCGCAAGGUCAACCAACCAGGAAACUCGCAAGCGCUGGGCCAAAGAACUGGGAACGACCGUUCAAACCCUUCACAAGGCUGGGAUACAGUGGGGAGAUGCCAAACCUGACAACAUAUUGGUUGAUAAGAAUGACGACUUGUGGUUGAUUGACUUUGACGGCGGCUACACUCGCACUUGGGUUAGUCACGAUAACUGUGAAACAGAGGAAGGUGACCUUGAAGGAUUGGAUAAGAUUCAAGUUUGGCUUUGUAAUAUGGGUUGAAGAUUUAUUCCAGAGGCGGACAGAGGCGAUGAAACUUUUCGUAUUCUUCAAGUCUUAGUCAAGACCCAGUGUGAAUUGCAGCACAAAUGACUCUGCUGGGGAGUUCCUCGUCCAAAAACCCCACGUCCGACCAACUAGACAGGGCCAGUGGCAGACUUCAAUUUUGUAUUACCAUGACACAAAGUCGCUUGUGCUAUAAUGAAAAGAUGCCUACAAAAUCGUUGUCAAUUCUGGUUCGUCUCGAUUUCAAGGCCUGUGAUAUUAGCC